GUGCUCGGUCUGGUCGGAACGAACGGUAUCGGAAAAUCGACGGCCCUCAAGAUCCUUGCCGGCAAGCUGAAACCCAACCUCGGCAAGUUCGAUAACCCGCCCGACUGGGAAGACAUCUUGAAAUACUUCCGUGGCUCUGAGCUGCAGAACUUUUUCACCAAGAUUCUCGAGGACAACCUGAAGGCAAGUGCCAUCAUCAAGCCCCAGUACGUCGACAACAUCCCCAGGGCCGUCAAGGGCCAAGUCGACGCCAUCCUGACCCAGAAGAUGGAGCGCAACAACAAGCAAGAGCUGAUUGACCAGCUGGACCUCGGGAACGUGUUGAACCGCGAUAUCGAGAACUUGUCCGGUGGUGAACUGCAGCGCUUUGCCAUCGCCGUUGUUUGCGUGCAAGCCGGAGAUAUGUAUGUCAUCAUGUUCGACGAGCCCUCGUCCUAUCUUGAUGUCAAGCAGCGUCUGAACGCUGCGCGUGUCAUCCGCAGUCUGCUCACCCCCACCAGCUACGUCAUCGUCGUCGAGCACGAUCUGUCUGUGCUGGAUUACCUCUCCGACUUUAUUUGCGUCCUCUACGGCAUGCCCAGUGCCUACGGUGUUGUUACUCUUCCCUUCAGCGUUCGUGAAGGUAUCAACAUCUUCCUUGAUGGCAAGAUCCCCACCGAGAACCUGCGUUUCCGUGACGAAUCCCUCCAGUUCCGCCUUGCCGAAACCGCCGACGAGGCCGUUGUCGAGAAGAUGCGUCGCUUCCGCUACCCCGCCAUGGAGAAGCGGCUUGGCGACUUCUCCCUCAGCAUCGAGGCCGGCGGCUUCACCGACUCUGAAAUCAUCGUCAUGAUGGGUCAGAACGGUACCGGAAAGACCACCUUCAUCCGCAUGCUUGCCGGUGGCCUCUCUGCCGACGGCACCGAGCAGCCCCCGGAGCUCAAUGUGUCGUACAAGCCCCAGAAGAUUGCUCCCAAGUUCGAGGGCACCGUGCGCAUGCUUCUUCUCAAGAAGAUCAAGUCUGCGUUCAUGCACCCGCAGUUCCAGACGGACGUUGUCAAGCCCCUCAACAUCGAGAACAUCAUUGACCAGCAGGUCAUGAACCUUUCCGGUGGUGAACUUCAGCGUGUUGCCAUCGUUCUGUGCUUGGGCACACCUGCCGACAUCUACCUGAUCGACGAGCCCUCUGCCUACCUUGAUUCCGAGCAGCGUAUCAUUGCCGCCAAGGUCAUCAAGAAGUUCAUCUUCCACUCCAAGAAGACUGCCUUCAUUGUCGAGCACGACUUUAUCAUGGCCACUUAUCUCGCUGAUCGUGUCAUCGUCUACUCUGGUACUCCCUCCGUCGAGGCGGUCGCUCACAAGCCCGAGCCCCUGCUCACUGGUGUCAACCGAUUCUUGGAGAGCCUCCAGGUCACUUUCCGCCGCGACCCCACCAACUUCAGACCAAGAAUCAACAAGGCCGACUCUAUGAAGGAUAAGGAGCAAAAGCUGAACGGCAACUACUUCUUCUUGGAAUAG